AUGGCUUCUUAUGCUAUAUCUUUGGUUGGUGCAGUUAUUUUAGAUUCUGCUAUAAUAACUGCUGCUGGUCUUACAUUGAUUCAAACAAUAGGUAAUAAAGAUGAUAAGCAUUACAUUGUUUAUUCCAAUAAACCAGAUGUACCAAAAGGAGGUUGUAGAGUUGUUAUUGUAAACCAGGGAAAAAGUUGGAAUAAAGCUGUUAGAAUUUACCAAGAUAAAGACGUUGAAGAAUGGACUGAAGUUAAAUGCGGUGAUAGCACUGGCAAAGUUGCACGUACUAAUCCUGCAAUAAAAUUUGAUAAUAAAAGAGCUGAGUUCAAGACAGGAAAAAAAAUGUAUUUAGCUAUUAUGAAACCAGCAGCAACUGGUAUUUGGCUCACUGAAGGUGGUAUUGUAAUCUCAGAAGAUAAACUCCAUGAAUUUGAUGGAAAAACAAUAUAUAUUUACUUUGAUGAUGCUGGUGAUAAAUUCUUUGAAAAGGCUGAAAAUAGAUUAAAUAUGAAAAAAUUAACAUAA